AUGGUCGCGGUAGGGAUGAUCGCGGAUCGGGCCUACUCCAUCCACGAGCUCAGCACCUGCAGCGGAGAUGGCUGGUGGGUGCGCAAGCUCGUGGAAGUCGUCUCCAUGAUCGUUCUCUCGAAGGUGUUCUUUUUUCUCACCAUCCUCCUGCCGAAUGCCGAUCCAUCCAAGGGGGCAUGGGCCGACUGGACCUACUGGGGCGUCGUGCUUUUCUUCGCCACCUUCUUCCUGGCGGUGAACGUCUGGCCCCUCGGGAUCUCAUGCGACGAGCUGGCCAGCAUGACCGAGUUCUGCAAUGAAGAGUCCAUCCGGACGGCCAACCUCAAGAAGGACUGCACGCUGCAGGGCCACACAGCCUGCCAGAUGCUGCAGCUGUGGAUGCUGGUAAUGCCAUACGUGCUGCCUCAGUUCGACUGUUGGUCCUACACCUUCGUGUGGCUGGUUUUUAUUUAUACCGGCUGCAGCUGGGUGUACGACGCGUUCUCCGGGGAGAUGAUUCACGAGGAUGAUCUUCCGCUGCACUUCGUCUUGCUUGGCGUCACCGCCUGCCUGGGCACGAUGAAGAAGUACUUCCUGGAGAAGGGGCUGCGCCGCCAGUUCCGCAUCGACUACGAGGAGAAGAAGGUUCUGGAGGAUCUCUACAACGUCUUUGACGGCAUGGUGCCCUCCUACGUCAUCCCCCGCAUGCUGCGGGAAGAUACCAUCGCGGAUCCCAUCGAUCGGGUGACGAUCCUCUUCGUCCUCAUCGUCAUCGACGACUCGGCGCACUCCAUGGAUCCGAAGAAGACGCUGGCCGACCUGAACCAGAUCUUCGGAAGAAUGGACGAGAUCUGUGCCAAGUACCAGGUAACGAAAAUCGAGACUGUCGCCGAAGAGUACGUCGCAUGUGUGGGCGUUCUUCCGAAGGACCACGGCGAGAUCGGAGACAAGGCUCACUACGACAAGUUGCUGGUGCGGAUGUUCUUGGCCGCCAGUGAGAUUCUGGACAUGGAGAACCAGGACUUCCGCAUGGGCGGCCAAAAAGUCCAGCUGAAGAUGGGCACCCACACCGGGAAGAUCAUCGCGGGGGUCAUCGGGAAGAAGCUUCCCCGUUUCCGUCUCUUCGGUGAUACCAUCAACACCUCGGCCAGGAUGAUGCAGAAGAGCAAGCCUGGGAACCUGAUGUUCGGUGAGGAGACGAACCAGGUUCUCCCGAGCUGCAUUCCAGCCCGCAAGGGCGAGAAGGUGGUCAUGAAAGGCAAGGGGGAGGUCGAGGUCUACUACUUCGACCGCGCCGGCUUCCAGGCCGCGGAGGCCAAGCGCCUCUUGGAGGAGAAGGGCACCGAAGAGCCCCGGGCAAAGACGGGUGAGGACGAGAGACAGCAAGAGGUGAACGAAGUCAUCCAGCAGGUGUUCGACUCCAGCGAACCCACUGGAUGGCUCCUGUCCCACAAGGAAGGGUUUACCAACGACACAGCAGAGCUGGCGAACCCCAAUACCAAGAUGUUCUCCGAGGCGGAGUUCCAAAGCAGCUUCCACUGCGAAGCCUUCGUCCGAAAGUUCCGGUCGCGCCUCCAUCGCCAGGUGCUCCUCAUGGCUGGGGCGACCCUCUUCGACCUCUUCCACAUGGAGCACACGAGAGCUUGGGAGGUGAAGGACAAGGGCUCGGGCUUCAUCCCCAACGCCAAGGAUGGAGGCCGGUUCCAGGUCCUUCUGGGCUGCAGAAUGGCCUGCCUGGUCCUGGCCCUUCUCUGGUCCGUGAUGGCCAAGCUCAGGACCGACUGGAUGAUGGAGAAUGUCACCUUGGUUCAGUGGGGCGUGGUCGGGACAAGCAGCGUCGUGUGCACCCUCAUGUUUGUUUCCUACGACGCCCUUGUCUUCCCGCAGAUCACGAAAAGUUACGAAGAAAUGCAUUUCCUGGAGUACCUGAACCAGCAGCUAAGCCUGGUCUUUGUCCUCGCCUUCUUCAUUGUCACCAACACCCAUCCGACGUUGUUUGUGCAGUCGCUCGUGUUCUUGCCCGCGGGCGUCGUUUUCAUGGCCAUCCGUGACAAGACCAGCCUCUACAUCUCCAACAUCGGCAGGGUGGUCUUCCUCUGCACGGUGGCGAUAAGCUGCAUGCUUGCUCACGAGUUGGAGCAGACGAGUCGCGCUCGCUUUAAGGCCAAGAGGCGGGUCCAGCGCACGCAGGAGCGCAUCGAGUAUGUUUUGAACAGCUUGAUGCCCAAGGCAGUCUUGGAAGAGCGGAAAAGCCGCCCCGGGGCGGACUUGUCGAAGUUUUGCCACCUCUACGAACAUGCGACGAUCACGCAGUCCGACCUUUGCGGGUUCACGCAGUUGGCGGCCACAAAGACGCCUGCCGAAGUAGUCGACUUCGUCGCAGACCUCUUCGGGAGGUUCGAUGUGCAGACUGACAAGUAUGGCGUCUACAAGGUGGAAACCGUGGGCGAUGCCUACAUUGCAGGCAUGGCUGAGAACACCCUGACAACUGAGAACUCAGUGCUCAAGGUUGUCCAGUUCGGCUUGGCGAUGAUCGAGGAGACGUCAGCCUGGGCUGCCGCGCUGGGAGUUCAGGUCACCUGCCGCGUGGGCGUCCACCACGGCGAGUGCGUGGGAGGGAUCGUCGGGAAGGGAAUGCAGCGCUACCAUCUUUUUGGCGCCCUGAUGAACCAAGUGGACACGCUGGAGGCCACUUCCCGCGAGGGCAUCACGCAAAUCAGCAAAGCCUGCAAGGAGGCGCUGGUGCGGGAAUUGGCCAAGAAAGACGUCACGGAGGAGGCCGAGUCCAUGCGGAUCCUCGUGGAGGCUUUCCCUGGGGCCAUCCAGCGGAAGGACGAGAAGCUGACAACCUCAAAGGGCGAGGAGCAUCUCUACAGCGAGGUCGGCGGCGGCACCUACCUGAUCUACAAGGACGCCGCUGCUGCGGCGGGGGCAGGAGCCGCGCCCGGCUGA